GGAGCUUGAAUUGUCUGACAAAAUGUCUUCCUAUAUUGUUAAUUUUGUUAAGAAAUAUAAUCCUAAUGGUGGACAGUUGCCAAAAUGGCCACAACAAGAUGGCAAAAAUAAUAUUGUAAUGAGUCUGGGCGAUUCUUUUGGGGAAAUUCCUUUAGCAGCUAAUAAUUUGGACAAGAAGAUCGAUUUAAUUAAAAGAAAUUUUGCAUUAAAAAACAUUUUAUAA